AUGGAUUAUAUUGUGGGUGAAGUGGCCCUUGUUGCUCUAGGACUUCAGUGGAUAUUAGUACAUAAAGAGGGAGAAAAUCCCGAAGAAAUUGAGUUGUAUGAUAGGAUAAACAGCACGUCACUGAGUCCUACUCGAGCGCCCCCUAGUGAUGCUGUAGAUCGUGCACGAGAGGUUCUUGAAAAUUUAGAACAUGUACCUGACCAAUUAGCAGAAGAGGCAGAUGAGCUGCGAGAAAUAUUACUGCAACCACAUUUUAUGGCCCUGUUACAAGCUCACGAUGUCGUAGCUCAUGAAGUCUACGGUGAAGACGCAAUUCGCGUGACACCCCCACCAGUAACCCCAUAUCUAAACGGUGACACACCAGAAGAGAGUCCAAACGGGGACGUAGAAAUGGAAAACGUGACGCGAGUCCGUUUGGUCCAGUUUCAAAAAAAUACAGAUGAAGCCAUGGGCAUUACUUUAAAAAUGAGUGAUAAAGGACGAUGCCUAGUUGCUAGGAUACUUCAGGGAGGAAUGAUUCAUCGCCAAGGAACUCUCCAUGUCGGUGAUGAAAUUCGAGAAAUAAACGGAGUCAGUGUAUCCAACCAAUCAGUAGAGGCCUUACAAGAAAUGCUGAGAGAUGCGCGAGGAAGCGUAACUUUAAAGAUCGUACCAAGCUAUCGAAACACAACUGCACAGUGUGAGAUCUAUGUGAGAGCACUGUUUGACUACAACCCAACAGAUGAUGAGCUCAUACCCUGCGCUCAGGCAGGCAUUCCAUUCACGGUUGGUGAUAUCAUCCAAGUGAUAAGUAAAGAUGACCAUAACUGGUGGCAAGCUAAGAAGUGGGGUGCAUCUGGCGCUGACCCCGCAGGCCUUAUCCCUUCCCCAGAGCUACAAGAAUGGAGGACAGCAUGUGCCGCCAUCGAUAAAGCAAAACGGGAACAAGCAGUGAAUUGUUCAUGGUUUGGACGCAAAAAGAAGCAAUAUAAAGAUAAAUACUUGGCCAAGCAUAAUGCUGUAUUCGACCAGUUAGAUCUAGUCACUUACGAAGAGGUUGUUCGGCUUCCAGCGUUUAUGCGUAAAACUCUCGUCCUACUUGGUGCUCAUGGUGUUGGAAGACGCCAUAUAAAGAAUACACUAAUAACCAGUCAUCCAGAACGAUUUGCAUAUCCAAUACCACAUACCACAAGACCUCCAAAGAAAGAUGAAGAAAAUGGCAAAAAUUAUUAUUUUGUAUCGCACGAACAAAUGAUGGCAGACAUCGCAGCCAAUGAGUAUCUUGAAUACGGGACGCACGAUGAUGCUAUGUAUGGGACUAAAAUUGAGACCAUUAGACAAAUACAUGAUCAGGGCCUAAUGGCAAUCCUCGAUGUAGAACCACAGGCUUUGAAAGUUUUGAGGGCCGCAGAUUUUGCGCCAUUUGUUGUCUUCAUAGCAGCUCCAUCUUUAUCCUCUCUCACUGAAGUGAAAGGAAUCAAUGACGGAAGCCUUGAAAGACUAGCCAAGGAAUCAGAUUUGCUCGAAAAAGCCUACGGACAUUUUUUUGAUUUGAAAAUCGUAAACAACGACAUAGAGGAAACAAUACAUGCUCUUGAACAGGCCAUAGAUGAAGUGUGCUCUACACACCAGUGGGUACCUGUAUCAUGGGUGUAUUAGUGUCACAUCACAAAAUGGCUGCCAUUGUUACCAUAGUAACCAUUAUUCAAAAUGAGGCUGUUAUAUAUGUGACAUCACAAAAUGGCUGCUGUUUUAACCAUAGUAACCAUUCUUCACAAUAAGGCUGUAAUAAAGUGAUUGCCUAUAAAUAAAGCUGGUUGUGAUGGUGCAGUAUGGAGAUGACUAUUACCAUAGUAACCAAUAUUAACAAAGAUGAAAUACGAUGCAGGCUUUUUAAAACAAUCAAAAUAUUGAUGCCAAAUUAUGAUAAUUGCUGUUGUCAAGGAGACAAACAGGUGUAAACAAGGAAACUGCCUGGUUGAAAGUAUUAAACUUGAAAAACUUCUGUUACCAUAGCAAUGUACUAGAAAACUUUAAUCAAGUAUGAUAUGAGAAUGAAUAAAAGUUCAAACAGAAGCAAUGGUUAAUAAUUGUAUUAGAAAGUAACAAGUUGACUGUUGCCAACACUAGUUGCUAUAGAAACGUAAUUUAUUUGGUUAACAGUGGAUGAAACUGACAUGACUUUUUAUUAAGGUUAAUGUAAGAUUGAAUAUGAAAUACUAUUUAUAUGUGAUCAAAUAUGGUAAUAUGUUUGAAAUUAACUAAUACCAUUGUCAAUGCCAAUGUGGUCGGUUGCUAUAGUAACAAUGAAAAACAGCAACCAAACAACAAAUACCUGGUUACAUAAUUAAAUCUAUGCAGUGUACACUUCCUAUUGUCAUAAUUUAUCAACAAAAGUCAAUUCAUGUCUCAGUAGCCAGUAUAAUGCAAUGCCCCAAAAAAGCAAUUUGCCCAAUAAAUGAAUAAAUGGAACAUGAUAUUCUUGGGACUUUGCCUUAUACUGCCCAUCAUCAAAUCAGUUUGUUUACAAGUUGUACAUCAAUCAGAUCAUUGGUCUGAAUCAUUUAGUUUUUUCAUUCAAUCAACUUGAUGUAAAAUUAUACAAAAUUUAUUUAAUCAAUUUAUGCUGAUUCAUUAAGUUUAUUAUCAGUUUGAUAUUGAAUUUUUUCAUUUUGUUUAAAGUGGUAGUCAUCAUUGUAUAUUAUAUUGAGAGUGAGACUGACUGACUCCUAUAAUUCUGUUGCUUCCUCAGAUGCAAUCAAAGAAGAAUAGUCCAUGCUUCACAGGGGAAUAUUCCAUAAUAUCGUUCAGUCUGUGAACCAAU